CCUUGAAUUUUGUAUACAAAGUCUUGAAUUUCGUUACAAAGGUCUUAUUUUUUUUUGCCUUUCCUAGUAUUAAGUUCAUACCGUAACAAAAUCAACUUAGGCUAAAUAAGAAUUUAUGCAGCGUAAUGUUGAUAGUGCGAAAGCAAAAAAAAAAAAAAGAAACGUGCAAAAGCAUGCGCGCACCCGUCACUAUCGUUACGAGGCGAGUGAGGUAACGGAUAACAAGAGAGUAGCUAGCCUAGUUUGUCGGCCAAAAUGGGAAAGUGUCGGUUUAAUCCGCUGUGGCCAAGGAAUUCAAAUUACGUGUGGGUCAAGCCUGUGCCAGGAAAUGACUUCGAGGCAUAUUGCUCUUGGUGCCGGAAAUCUUUUAAACUAGCAACGAUGGGUGUUACGGCCCUGGAGUCCCAUAUGAAGGCUGCCAAACACAUUGCGUGAGGUACUGCUCGCCAGCGCCAACCACCAAUUGUGCAGUUCUGUGCACCACAGACCUCUUCGGUUAAUGAAACAGCUCUGGCUAUCAAUAAUGAAGACAUUUCAACAUCAAACGCAUUGCCGCCACAGCCAAAGAACAUCAUAUCUUACUGCGGCUCGACACCAACUCUACAGGCAGAGGUGAUAUGGGUCCUUAAAACAAUCUGAGCACCACUCUUACACAUCGAAUGAGAACAUUACAGAGAUUUUUAAAACCAUGUUUCCUGACUCCGAGAUCGCAGCUACAUUCUCGUGUGGAAGCAACAAAACUUCAUAUAUUACUAAAUUCGGAUUGGCUCCCUUUAUAACUAAAGAACUGACUGACAAGGUCAAUAUAGCCAACGGGUUUGUGGUCAUGUUUGACAAGAGUCUCAAUAAGAUGACGAAAAGUAAGCAGUUGGACCUUCAUAUUCGCUACUGGGUGGAUAACCAUGUCCAAUCACGAUACUUCGGCUCGCAGUUUAUGGGCCAUGCAACGGCGGUGGACCUGCUCAAACAUUUCAAAGAGUGUGUAUGUGACCUUGACUUGAGGAAGAUGGUCUCAGUGUCUAUGGAUGGACCCAAUGUUAAUUGGCGUUUUUUUGAGAUGCUGCAGCAGGAGCAUGCAGAGCAUUUUGGGGGUGUUCAGCUGGCAGUGGUGGGGAGUUGUGGCCUGCAUACUCUCCAUAAUGCUGUCAAAUGUCGAUUCACCGAGUGGCAUAUGGAGAAGUUCCUAAGAGCUCUGCAUACAAUUUUCCACAAUGUGCCAGCAAGGAGAGAGGAUUUCUAUAAUUUCACAAAGUCCAAAAUCUUCGCUUUGCCUUUUUGUGGUCAUCGCUGGGUCGAGAACCUCCCUGUGGCGGAGAGGGCCCUUGUCAUCUGGCCAGACAUGAUGAAGUAUGUUGAGGCUGUCAGCACCAAAAAGCUUCCUAACCCUGGGACAUCCUCCUAUGAUACCAUUGAGGCAGCAACCAAAGACCCUCUCAUUCUGGCAAAGCUUCACUUUUUCAUGGCAGUGUGUCGAAGUGUAACACCUUUCCUCACCAGAUACCAAACUGAUAAACCUGUGCUGCCUUUCAUUGCUAAUGAUUUGGCUGAACUGCUGAAGAGUUUGCUGAGGCGAUUCAUUAAACAAGAACUUCUCAAUGAUGCCACACCUCAGCAUUUGGUCCGGCUUGAUGUUAGUGAUAUGCAGUCCAGGGUUCAUCUAAGAGCUGUUGAUAUUGGCAUUGGAGCUGAGGCUGCAAUAAAGGAACGUCAGCGGCAGAGUAGAUCCACCGAGGAGCUUUCUGUCCUCCAGUUCAGAAAAGAAUGCAUGGAGGGUCUGUCCAAAAUUGUAAAGAAGAUUCAAGAGAAGAGCCCUUUGAAAUUCCCAACUGUAAGACAAAUGACUUGUCUUAACCCAGCCGUGAUGUAUUCAGAUCCAGAAUUGUGUCAGGGCCAGAUGAAGUGUCUAGUCAAAAGGUUUCUUCAAGACAAGCUGUUAGAUGGAGUUGCCACAGGUACAUAAGAUUAAGUCCUGACGUUAGGCAUACAAUUUACAAAAGACACAUGUACAUUUGAUUGGAUUAUUAUAUAUGUGAGGGAUUUUUAUUUCACUUCUUCUUUAGGUGAUCUGAUCAUUCAGCAGUUUUCACAAUUGUUGUCUCGGGAGGUGAGGAAUGAGAAGUUCCUGUCUUUCAAGCCCCUUGAGGAGAGGCUGGAUGUGUUUCUCCAUUCGUAUAUAAGUCAGCCCUACCCACAGCUCUGGGCUUUCAUCAGAAACCUUCUGCUCCUCUCCCAUGGGCAAGCUACGGUGGAGAGAGGCUUCUCUAUCAAUAAACAAGUAGAAACUUGUAAUAUCCAUGAGGACACUGUCAUUGCACAAAGAGUUGUGUGCGAUUACGUGUCCAUGCAUGGGGGUGUUACCAAGGUGCCCCUCACACCAGAGCUCCUGUCUUCAGUCACAUCAGCAAGGGUGAGGUACAGAAUGCAUCUUGAAAGUGAACGGAAGAAAAAAGAAUCUCAAGCACAGGGUCAAAAAAGAAGAAUGAUUGAAGAGGAGUUGGAGCAGCUAAGAAAGUCAAGACAGACCAUCCAGGAAGUUGCAGAGCAUCUGAGGAGGGAUGCAGACAAGAUGGCAGAAGAGGCUGAGGGCAAACAAGGCAGAAAAAUGGCAGAGCUAAUUGCCAAGUCAAACGCAUUGAGAAGAAGCCACAAGCAGAAGUUGACAGAACUUGAGAGCCUGGGCGAAAAAAUUGCAACCAAGGCAGCAGACCUGCGAAGGCUGUAGUGUUCAACAUCAAGAUCAAAUCUAUUUGUUAAUUGUGAAUCAAAUGUGUGUU